GUAAUCCAAAACAAUGCUAAAUUGUUGUGGCUGGGGUAGAUCACGCAAAAUGAAACUAUGCUAAAUUGUUCACAGAUAUUAUUCUUGAACAAUAUCUCCACUGAUCAUGGCCAGUGUGUGGCAUCUAUGACAAGGUCCCUCCCUCUCCAUGGGAUGAACGAAGCAAACAUACAAAAACUAAAACGACCUCUCUCUCUCUCUCUCUCUCUCUCUCUCAAUUCAUAAACUGUAUCAAUUUAUGAUUGGAAGUAGCCCACGCGAGUCGAACCGUGGCGCUUUGGGACAGUGACGCUUGGAGCCUGCUACGCUUUAGUACAAGGAAAUGAAAUUGCGCUUUUACCACUACCUAACCAUAACCGUAUAAAUCCUUGAGUACAGGGUCGGGGUGCUCACCCAAACAGAAAUCCUUUUCUUCAAACUGCCUUCUAAGUUGAAGCUUUUUAUCUUUAAAUGACUCGGCAACUACUGCCCUCCUUCACCCCACUGUCUACCACCACCGCCACCACCCCACCAUCUUCCUUCAAACCCUCAACACAACCACCACCACCACGUCAAAGAAGCACCACCCACAUCCCCACCCACAUAUACAGCCACCCUACCGCCAUCCUCCUCGAACUCUGCACUUCCCUAAACGAACUCCACCAAAUCCUCCCCCUCGUCAUCAAAUCCAACCUCCACCGCCGCCACCUCUUCCACACCAAGCUCCUCAGCCUCUUCUCCAAAUUCGGUAGCCUGCCCGAAGCCGCCCGGGUUUUUGACCACCUCGUCCCCAUCCAGGACAGAGUCGACGUUCUUUACCACACCAUGCUCAAAGGGUAUGCCCUCAAUUCAUCGUCGUCCUCUUCUCUGGAUAACGCUUUGUCCUUCUUUAUUAGAAUGAACACGGAUGGGGUUCAUGCCGUUGUGUACAAUUUCACUUACUUGUUAAAAGCCUGUGCGGAUAAUUCCGACCUUAGGACUGGAAAACAGAUUCAUGCUCAGGUCGUUGUUAAUGGGUACGCAUCGAAUUUGAUUUCCAUGAAUGGGGUUGUGAAUUUGUACGCCAAAUGUAGACUUGUCGAUGAAGCGCGUAAGAUGUUUGACAGAAUGCCUGAAAGGGAUCGGGUAUGUUGGAAUACUAUUAUUGCUGGGUACUCUCAGAACCGGGUUCCGAAGAGGGCAUUGGAAUUGUUUGUACGGAUGCAGCGAGAGGAGGAGGAAUUUAGCCGUAGGCCCGAUCUGGUCACUAUUGUCUCCGUCUUGCCUGCGUGUGCAGACAUUGGGUCCCUUUGGAUUGGGAAAUCCAUUCAUGGUUAUGUUGUAAAAGCCGGAUUUGAAUCGCUUGUGAACGUAUCGACUGCUUUGGUCGAUGUGUAUUCGAAAUGCGGGUGCGUGGGGACUGCUCGAUAUAUUUUUGACAAUAUGCAGUACAGGAAUGUGGUCUCUUGGAAUUCCAUGAUUGAUGGUUAUACUCAAAAUGGCGAUUCUAAAGAAGCAUUGGAACUUUUCCAACAGAUGUUGAAUGAACGGGUAGAACCUACGAACGUCACUAUUAUGAAAGCUUUGAGUGCAUGUGCUGAUUUGGGUGACAUUGUGAAAGGAGAACUCGUUCAUAAAUUACUAUGUCAGUUAGAACUUUCGUCUGAUGUUUCAGUAAUGAACUCUCUCAUUUCAAUGUAUUGCAAGUGUAAACGUGUCGAUGUUGCUGCUGAAAUAUUUGUAAACUUACAAGGUAAAACCCUCGUCUCCUGGAAUGCCAUGCUACUAGGCUAUACACAAAAUGGCCUUGUAAAUGCGGCUUUAAAUCAUUUCUGCAAAUUGCACCAGCAAAACAUCAAACCUGAUUCGUUUACAAUGGUCAGUGUGAUUCCAGCUCUUGCUGAGUUAUCUGUUUUACGACAGGCAAAGUGGAUCCAUGGACUUGUUACAAGAACUUGUUUUUCCAAUGAUGUUUUUGUGAUGACUGCUCUUGUGGACAUGUAUGCUAAAUGCGGGGCUAUUAAUACUGCAAGAAAGCUGUUUGACGUGAUGAAUGAGCGCCAUGUAACAACCUGGAAUGCGAUGAUAGAUGGGUAUGGUACACAUGGGCUUGGAAGAGCUGCGGUUGAUCUGUUCAGUGAAAUGAGAAAAGGGGAUAUAAAGCCUAAUGGUAUAACUUUUCUGUCUAUUAUUUCCGGUUGCAGCCACUCUGGUCUUGUAGAAGAGGGACGCGGCUAUUUCGCCACCAUGAAGGAAGAUUAUGGCCUAGAGCCUUCGAUGGACCAUUAUGGGGCUAUGGUUGACCUACUUGGUCGAGCCGGCCAGCUCAACGAGGCUUGGGGCUUCAUUCAAAAUAUGCCUAUUGAGCCAGGGAUAAAUGUUUAUGGCGCUAUGUUGGGUGCUUGCAAUAUUUAUAAAAAUGUUGACAUAGGGAAGAAGGCAGCCGACAAACUGUUUGAAUUAGAUCCUGAGGAAGGUGGUUAUCAUGUAUUGCUCGCUAAUAUAUAUACCAGGGCUUCAAUGUGGGACGAAAUGGCUAAAGUGAGAACUUCCAUGGAGAAGAAAGGACUUCAGAAAACCCCUGGCUGUAGUUUAGUGGAUUUAAGAAAUGAGGUUCACACUUUUUACUCUGGAAGCACAAGCCAUCCCCAAUCCAAAAAGAUAUAUGUUUUUCUUGAAACGCUGAUAGAUGAGAUCAAAGCUGCUGGUUAUGUGCCUGAUAAUAAUACCAUUCGAGGUGUGGACGAGGAUGUUCAAGAGCAAUUACUCAGUAGCCACAGUGAGAAGCUGGCUAUUGCAUUUGGACUUCUGAAUACCAGCCCUGGCACAACUAUUCACAUUAGGAAGAAUCUUCGGGUAUGUGGCGAUUGCCACAACGCAACGAAGUAUAUAUCACUAGUGACGGGACGGGAGAUUGUUGUGCGUGAUAUGCACCGGUUCCACCAUUUCAAGAGCGGAACGUGCUCGUGUGGGGAUUAUUGGUGAAUAUACAGUUUCAAGUCUAGACUCCCGAGAGUUGCUGCCUUUGUAGUGUCAGCGAUUUGUACCUCAUAUGCAGACACAAGAUGUCGGCCUCCAUCGAACUUGAGAACAUGUCCAUCACAUGUCAAGCUCAAACCCAGAAUUUGUCAAAAGUUGAAGGCUUGAACCUAACGUGUAGGCAGAAGGUCUCCUGGAAAACACUAUAUCCAGCUAAACAUACACUACAUUCACAACCACCAUUAUCUCGCGGGUCACAACUAAAUCUCUGAGAUCAUAAUCUUGUGACUUGUUUUCUGAUCUCCUUUUAACUACAUAUGCCCUUCUUUUUCUUUUCUAUCCUUUUCCCCAUCAUGCAGUGACCGUCGAACAUGACGGACAUCAAAUAUUCAAUAAUCCAUAUAACAGAAAAAAAAAUUCCAUUGUGAGUUACAUCAUCAAACAUCAGAUUGUUCUGCAAAUACUUAAGAGGAAGGUGUUGAAUCCUUAGCCAAAACACCAACGCCAUCGAAACCAAGGGCUGAUGGUGAGAUGAUUGUGAAAUAUAGAGUAGAGACGAAGUUUCCAUGCUGCAAAAUUGUAACUCAAGCCUUUGCGUAAAAGACCAACAAAAAUAUUAAGUCCAACUGCUUAGACUUUCCAAAAAAUAAAAUCUACAAGAAUAAUGAGUUCAUAAGUUUCACCAAACAAGCCUGAAACAGUAACUCGACUGCUGUAUACUAGGAUGUCCCAUGUAUUCAUUCACAUGCAACAACUCCAAAACAGAUAUCAGUAUCCUGAAUGGUUAGAUAAAAGAAGACGAGUUGGAACCCUAAAAACUAAAUGGAUUCAAGCUUAAGGUAAUGCGAAUGGCAUGUCUGAUUCCAAGCAAAAACAACCUGAAAUGGCCACUCAAUUGGUUAACACUUAACAGCAUCAGAUAGCACAUAACAGGAAAACAAGGAACAAAAUAGGGUUCACACAUACCAACGCACCUACACACAACCAUCCACUCCACAGCCCCAAUUUCCGCAAAAAUCCUGCUACAACCAAAAAUGGGAAACAAUAAUACAUACAACCCAAAGUCGUGUAGUGUUCCAUAAGGUGCUAAAUGCCACGAGCUUCUUAACUGUUGAUUCAUAAUCUCACGUCUAUAUAACUAGACAGAAGUGGUGAACCCAACAUGGGCAAAAUUAGACACUUCAUCAAUAAAUGCCAAACGUAGAGUACUUACCACGUAGACAAAGUCAACAUUUCCGAGAGAAAGAAAAAACCUACAUUUUCAUAUCCCUCCUAUCGGAUCUUCAUUCUAGAAGAGGCAAAAAGAUCAUACAAUUAUCGUCGAUUUACUCUGCCAACAGAAUCUGUACAAACAUCAGAUGGGAGACAUGACCUCCCGACUUCCACUAAAUUAAAUCUACAAGAAUAAUGAGUUAAAAGUUUCACCAAACGAGCCUGAAACAGUAAUUCGACUGCUGUAUACCAGAAUGUCCCAUGUGUUCAUUCAAUGGCAAAAUCACUUCCACCACCAGAACUGCCGGAAUAAAUAUAUUUUCCUCAUUCGGGCAUUGUAAGUCAUGAAUGCUCUGGCUUUGAUUGGGUCAGCAUUUAAGUACUCAAAAGCAUACAUUUGCCUAGCCUCUUCCAAGCCGUCAAUUUCCAUCACAGCUUGUAGAAGUUGAGGGGCAUCAAUUGUGUUCUUACUUUGUUCAAAUGCAUCAGCCAAGUGUCGGAUGCUUGAUGCAACAGCUAACAUUGCAUCCUGAAGAGCCUCUGAGGCUCGAGGGCGUUUUGGAACUUGUUUCCGAGGAGGGAUCAAGGGAACUUCUUGACUGGCACCUGGCAUCUGUGAAUACUCGGCCUGUUGGGUAGAUGACUCUGUCUCAGUUCCAUCUGUGUCACUCAACUCUUCUGAACUUGGUGAAAGGAAUGAAGCAGAAUCUUCUUCGUAAUUCCUGAA